AGAUAAGUGAAGAAAGAAGUAAUAUUGGUGUCGUCCGGGAGCCAUGUUAGAUUUACAGGCUUUGACCUGACCUAGUGGCUGUAACAUCAGCAUGGACCCCCGGUAUUGUGCUCAAGACAUCAUUAGAUGUGGCCUCUGUGAGAGAAAUGUGGUACAAAGUCAUUGCCAGCUUUGUCAUGUCAACCUGUGUAAGGUCUGUGUAGGAGAGCAUCUCUCUGAUUCAACCAAAAAACAUAGAGUUGUACCAUAUAAAGAAAGAACGUCAACUCCUGAUUACCAAAAGUGUCCAAAGCAUUUCAAGAACUGUGAACUUUACUGUGAACAAUGUGACAUUCCUGUAUGUUCUACCUGCAUCUCCUCGGGAAAACAUAAGGGGCAUCAUAUAUCAGAUGUUUUACAAAAACUGAGCUCCAAAACAAAACACAUCGAAAAAGAAUUAAAAGAACUUGAGACUAGAAUUUUCCCAAAAUACGAAGAAAUAGCCUCAGGUAUAAAAACCAAGAAAGACCACUUGGAAUCACACUACAGGAAACUGACAACAGAUGUCACCAAACAAGGAGAAGACUGGCACAGAGAAAUUAACAUCAUUGUCAAUAAACGGAAAUCUGAAAUUGAUGAAAUGAAAAUUAAACAUUUGGCUGUUUUAGAUAAACAGGAAAAAGAAAUCAAACAAAUAACUGCAGAAGUGAAUCAGUGCCUGCUUGAUCUCAAGAAAAUACUGGACUCUGAUGAUGUCUCCCUUACCUCUGCCUACAAAUCCAGAAAUGCUGAUUUCAGUUGUUUACCUCCAGACCAAAAUAUUACAUUACCAAGUUUCUAUCCUCAUCAUAUCAACAAAGAACAGCUCCAUCAAAUGUUUGGUUCUCUGUCAGCAUUAUCCAUUACAACAGAAGAACAUGGCUACACAAUCAAACCAUUGCUUGAUGACCCCGUGCUCAUCACCACCAUAGACACUCGGUAUAAAACACUAUGCAGUGGUAUCUGUCUCAGCGAUGAAGAAAUCUGGACACGUGGACAUGACAAAAUCAUAAAACUCUACAACCUCAAAGGCAAACUAUUGAAGUCAAUCCAAACCAAGUCAGGGAACUGGCCACGUGACAUAGCAGUGACAAGGUGUGGAGAUCUAGUUUAUUCUGAUGAUGAUGCAAAAACUGUGAACAUUGUGAGGAAUAAACAGAUACAGUACGUGAUCAGUCUAAAGGGGUGGAGACCUUACCAUGUCUGUAGUACCUCCUCUGGGGACCUCCUGGUUACCAUGGUCAGUGAUGAUGAUGAACAAUCAAAAGUUGUCCGUUACUCUGGCUCUAUAGAGAAACAAACCAUUCAGUUUGAUAGUCAAGGUAAACCUCUGUAUUCAUCUACUAAAUAUGCUAAAUACAUCCGUGAGAACAGAAACUUGGAUAUCUGUGUGGCUGACAAUAGUGCUCGUGCAGUAGUUGUUGUCAAUCAGGCAGGCGGACUCCGAUUUAGGUACACUGGUCAUCCCUCUAUUACCAAAGGAUCAUUUAAUCCAGUCGGCAUCACAACAGACAGUCAGAGUCAGAUCCUCACAGCAGACCGUAAUGACUGUAUUCACAUCAAAAAUCAGGACGGACAGUUCCUCCGUUACAUUGAUAACUGUGAUCUACAGUAUCCAUUUGGUUUAUUUGUAGACAUGAGUGAUAACCUCUUUGUGGCUGAGAAUGUCACUGGUAAAGGUCCAGAACCUGGCUACACAAUCAAACCACUACCUGAUAAACCAAAGCUCAUCAACAUCGUGGACACUGGGUAUAGCUUAUACGGAGUUACCUGUCUCAGUGAUGAAGAAAUCUGGACAUGUGGGGAGGACACAAUUAUGAAACUCUACAACCACCAGGGCAAAUUACUAAAGUCAUUCCAAACCAAGUCUGGGAAUUUUACGCAGGACAUAGCAGUGACAAGAAGUAGAGAUCUAGUUUAUACGGACCCUGAUUCAAGAACUGUAAACUUUGUAAAGAAUGAACAGAUACAAGAAGUGAUAAUACUGCAGGGUUGGGUACCUUACAAUGUUUGUAGUACAUCCUCUGGUGACAUCCUGGUUACCAUGGACAGUGACGAUUAUAAACAAUCAAAGGUUGCCCGAUUCUCUGGAUCCUUAGAGAAACAAACUAUUCAAUUUGAUAGUGAAGGUAAUCCCCUGUAUUCAUCUGGUGUCUACACUAUUAAAAACAUAAGUGAGAACAAAAACCUGGACGUCUGCGUGGCUGACAGUGUAGCUAGUGCAGUAGUGGUGGUAAAUAAGGCAGGAAAACUUCGAUUUAGAUACACUGGCAAGAAAUCGGCAACCAAGAGAUAUCCAUUUUACCCACGCGGCAUCACAACAGACAGUCAGAGUCAGAUUCUGACAGCAGACUGGGAUAACCACUGAAUCCACAUCCUAGAUCAGGACGGACAAUUCCUCCGUUACAUUGACAACUGUGAUCUACAGCGUCCAUGGGGUUUAUGUUUAGACACCAGUGAUAACCUCUUUGUGGCUGAGUGGAAAAGUGGUAAAGUGAAGAAAAUCAGAUACUAGCAAUCAUUACAGUA